UCCCAUGACCCUAACCCUAUCCCUAAACCUAACCAUCACAGAAAACUUUCUGCAUUUUUAGAUUUUCAUAAAAAAUAAUUUAGUAUGAUUUAUAAGCUGUUUUCCUCAUGGGGACUGACAAAAUGUCCCCACAAGGUCAAAAAUUUCGGGUUUUACUAUCCUUAUGGGGACAUUUGGUCCCCACAAAGUGAUAAAUACACGCUCACACACACACACACACACACACACACACACACACACACACACACACACACACACACACACACACACACACAUUCUGAUUAGCAGUGGGGUGGAGGAGGGCAGAGAGGCUUAGAUUAGGACUGUAUCUGAUAGUCCUGCAUUCUUUCGAGAUGUAUUAGCACUACCCACGGCAGGAAACUGGACAGGACGGACAACUCUGAACGGAAAAGCACUGCGGUCAGGUGACCGUAAGGGGCGGUGCAUGUAUGGCUGAUGGACAAGUGUCUGUACCAAUUAGAGGACAAUGCUGGCACAGAACCGUUUCAUCCUGGUGCUGGUGGUGGGGGCGCUGCUGGCCGUGCUGAGUUUCAGUCUGCAGUAUUUGCACCUGAUUCCGACCAAUACGACCAUGGCAGCGAAAAGGUCACAAGGUAAAAACAGGAAGCGUGUGAAUCCAGUUCUCCAUACGGAUCCACCUGCCCCGGACCCCAUCCGUGACACCCACCAGUACUGCAAUUACCCCAACCUCACCGAACACGGCUGGGAGGGUCACAGUCUGCCUGACUACAAGCUGCUGUCGGUCCAGGUGAUGAUUCGCCAUGGAGACCGUUACCCACUGUACUCCAUCCCCAAAACCAAGAAGCCUACCAUUGACUGCACCCUAUCAGACAAAAGAAAGCCCUCUCAUUCCCUCUUAAACCCCUUCAUCAGUCACAUGGCUCUGGGUGGGCGUGGCCACUGGGAUGCAUCACUCGGAUCUCUGCCCCGAUUACCCAAUCACAGCAGUUGUGAGAUGGGCGAGCUUACCCAGACAGGUAUAAUACAGCACUUGAAAAACGGCGAUCACCUUCGACAGGCCUACAUAAAACGUCACAAUCUGCUGACUGCUAAUUGGUUGCCACGGCAGUUGUGGGUGGAGACUACUGGUAAAAGCCGCACCCUCCAGAGUGGAUUGGCUUUGCUCUUUGGUUUCUUGCCUCAUUUUGAUUGGACACGGCUGACGGUAAGGCAGCAGUGGAGUACGCUGUUCUGCGGUUCUUCCUGCGACUGUUCUGCGCGGAACUGGUAUCUGGACCAGGAGCAGCACAGGCAGUAUCGCCAGAGGAUUGCAGACACGGAACUCGAACGCACAUAUGUUGCGAUGGCGAAAACUUUGGGUGUGGCCACAAAGAAUUUGAGGGCGGCCAAUCCAGUCGAUGCACUCUUAUGUCACUUUUGCCACAGUCUUCCCUUUCCCUGCUCAAGCUCACGGACUAUAGCAAACGCUCAGGAUGAGGAGGCGUGUCUUACAAUACAGCACUUUGCAGUGAUUCGCCGGCAACAGAAAGAUGAUGAACUGGAGAGACGGGAGGCGGGGCUCUACCGCCGUUACGCAGUGCUUGCAGCACAUCCAUACCUCAACCAUACUGCGGCGCGCUUGGAGAGGAUUGCUAGAGGUAGACAGUUUCGCAAAGGCAAGGAAGAGGCGGUCUUUGCUUUGGCUUCUGCCCAUGACGUAACCAUGGCGCCAUUGCUAAGCGCACUGGGUCUGGAAGGGGCGGGAUUUCCGAGGUUUGCCGCACGGCUGGUGUUCGAGCUGUGGAGUAGCCCGGAAGUAAAAGACAAGGGGAAAAAUGAGAAAAUUCGUGGAAGAAAAAGAGGAAAGGAGUUGGACGGUAUGUUUAUUCGUGUUCUCUAUAACGGAAAAGACUUGACCUUUGACACGGCCUUCUGCCAUGAUAACAAUCGGCAUUCUGAUCAGCCGCUGUGCCCUCUAGGUAAUUUCCUGUCUUUUGUAAGAAAGGAUAUGUUUAACAUUGUUAAUGCUACGAGUUACGAGCAGGCCUGCCACCAAACUGUACAGUAACAUGAAAACGAGUGAGUGAGGAAAAGCAUUAAGGGAGAAAUGAGUGAAGGUUGAAGAGACAAACGGGUGAAUUUCAUAAAAACAUACCUGUUGUAUUACAUCAAUG